AUGCCUUCCUUCUCCGUCUUGCUGGCUCUGUCAGCCCUAGCUUCCAUCUCGGUCGCCAAACCUAUUCCGAGUGCUCAAGUGAACACCAAGAAAGGCUUCACGAUCAACCAAGCUGUGGCAAAGCCAUUUCAGGCUGGUCCGGUGGUCUUGCAGAAGGUUUACAACAAAUUCAACAAACCCGCCCCGGCUGCUGUCAAGGCUGCUGCGUCCGAUGGUUCCGUCACCGCUACUCCCGAGCAGUACGAUGCAGAAUAUCUUUGUCCCGUGACGAUUGGCGGGCAGACGUUGAACCUGGACUUCGACACUGGCUCCGCAGAUUUAUGGGUCUUUUCAUCCGAGCUGUCCAGCUCGCAGCGUUCCGGGCACAGUUUUUACAAUCCCAUGCAAUCGAAUACUAGCAAGAAGCUCUCCGGCGCGACCUGGAAGAUCACCUAUGGUGACGGAUCCGGUGCCAGUGGCGACGUAUACACUGACACGGUCAAUGUCGGAGGCACUACUGUGACCUCCCAAGCCGUCGAGCUUGCUUCUCAGAUCAGCGCUCAGUUCCAGCAGGACCAGGACAAUGAUGGCUUGCUGGGCUUGGCUUUCAGUUCUCUCAAUACAGUCAAACCCACUCCACAAACCACCUUCUUCGACACGGCUAUCAAGCAGGGUGUCCUCCAACAAAAUGUUUUCACCGCCGACCUUAAGAAAGGUGCCCCCGGAAGUUACGACUUCGGGUUCAUUGACGACAGCAAACAUACCGGCGACAUUACCUAUACAACGGUCAACACGGCCAAUGGCUUCUGGGAGUUCACUGGUACUGGCUAUGCCGUCGGCGACGGGGCUUUCCAGCAGACCAGCAUCGAUGCCAUCGCCGACACUGGUACCACCCUUCUCCUGGUCGAUGACUCAAUUGUCAGCGCCUACUACAAGCAAGUUGACGGUGCGCAAUAUGAUGACAGCCAGGGUGGUUACGUGUUUCCAUGUUCAACCACCCUUCCGGAUUUCACUGUCGGCAUUGAAGACUUCCAUGCCGUCGUUCCAGGAUCCUUCAUCAACUUUGCCCCCGCCACAGAUUCCACGUGCUAUGGUGGGAUUCAGAGCAACGAAGGCCUGGGCUUUUCCAUUUACGGAGAUGUCUUCCUCAAAGCCGUCUUUGCCGUCUUUGAUAGCGACAAUACGCAGCUGGGUUUCGCGCCAAAAGACUUGUGA